AUGGAUGUCGUUCAAGCCGUUUCCGGCUACAUCACCAAGAUGGUGUCAGCCGGAGACAGCGCCACCGGAGGGCCAUCCGCAAAAAUGAAGAUACUCCUCUUAGAUAAAGACACGGUAUCAAUCGUGUCGACUGCCAUUACGCAGUCAUCGCUACUCAACCAUGAGGUCUACCUUAUCGACCGCCUGGACAACCAGAAUAGGGAAAAGAUGCGACAUCUGCGCUGCCUUUGUUUUGUCAGGCCCUCUCCCGACUCAAUCCAGUUCCUCAUUGACGAGCUGCGUGACCCAAAAUACGGCGAGUACUACUUGUACUUCAGCAAUGUGGUCAAGAAGUCUUCAUUAGAAAGACUGGCUGAGGCAGACGAUCAUGAGGUCGUCAAGGCCGUGCAAGAGCAUUUCGCCGACUUCCUGGUCGUGAACCCAGAUCUGUUCACCAUCAACCUUACUUUGCCACAGCAGCGGAUAUGGAGUGGCAGCCCCGAUAUGUGGAACACAGACUCGCUGCAACGGGCGACGGAGGGACUAAUGGCUGUACUGCUAUCGCUAAAGAAGAAGCCCCUGAUCAGGUACGAAAAGAAUAGCUUGCUGGCAAAGAAGCUAGCCACCGAGUUACGGUAUAGUAUGACGCAGGAAGAACAGCUCUUCGACUUCCGCAAAGUCGAUACACCACCAAUACUUCUUAUUCUUGACAGACGAGAAGACCCUGCAACUCCACUCCUGAAUCAGUGGACGUACCAAGCAAUGGUGCACCACCUACUUGGGAUUCAGAACGGUCGAGUAGACUUGGGUGACGUCCCCGAAAUUCGGCCAGAGCUCAAGGAGAUUGUCCUCUCGCAAGACCAGGAUCCAUUCUUCAAGAAGAACAUGUACCUCAACUUCGGCGACUUGGGCGGCAACAUCAAGGACUAUGUGGAGCAAUACCAAUCCAAGACGAAAAACAAUGCCAAUAUCGAGUCUAUCACAGACAUGAAACGAUUCAUCGAGGAGUACCCCGAGUUUCGGAAACUGUCCGGAAAUGUCAGCAAACACGUCACUCUGGUGUCCGAGCUGAGCAGGAGAGUUGGCGGUGAAAACUUGUUGGAGGUCAGUGAGGUCGAACAGAGCCUUGCAUGUAACGACAACCAUGCAACAGACCUCAAGAACGUGCAAAGGUUGAUACAAAAUAUACAAGUCACGGAGGAUGCAAAGGUUGGACUAGUGGCCCUAUAUGCUCUACGCUACGAGAAGAACCCUUCGAAUCAACUCCCAAUGCUAGUGGAUCUCCUCACAGCCGCAGGUGGCGUAUCACCACGCCGAGCAGAUCUUGUAGCGAAGGUCCUCAUGUACCACAACUCACUACAACAGUCACAAGCAGCUGGGGGUAUUACGGAUAUCUUUGAGCCUGGUGGCAUCUUCUCGGGCGCCCGAGGUAUCAAGGGGCUCAAGGGCGUAGAAAACGUUUACACUCAACAUUCACCUCAUCUCGAAACGACACUACAAAACAUGAUCAAGGGCAGGUUACGCGAACAGCAAUAUCCUUUCGUGGAGGGUGGAGGCACGACGAGGGACAAGCCUCAAGAUAUUGUAGUUUUCAUAGUCGGGGGAGCGACGUAUGAAGAGGCCAAGAUGGUGGCAGGCAUCAAUGCUUCGUCGCCAGGCGUCAGGGUAGUCCUCGGUGGUACUGCGAUCCACAACGCCGCAACAUUCCUGGAAGAGGUGGACGACGCUGCUUGGGCACCGCGCGGCUUGAGCAGGCCGACUGUUAUCUCCCGGAGGCGAUUUGCGACACCUUGCGCCAGGCGCAGGACAUUUGCGUGGCGAACACAGUACUAUGAAACUAACGUGGCCCAACAAAACACCAGACCGUUCGAUGUCGUCGUAGUAGGUGGUGGCCAUGCCGGCACCGAAGCCUGCGCUGCCGCAGCCCGCUCCGGCGCCCGCACCGCGCUCAUCACGCCCAAGAUCGACAACCUGGGAGUCUGCUCCUGCAACCCGUCCUUCGGAGGAAUCGGAAAGGGCACCAUACUGCGAGAGGUUGAUGCGCUCGAUGGCGUCGCCGGCCGCAUCAUCGACAAGGCCGGAGUACAGUUCAAGGUCCUGAACAGGAGGAAAGGCCCCGCUGUCUGGGGCCCCCGAGCGCAGAUCGACAGGGCGCUCUACAACAAACAUAUGCGCGAGGAGCUCGAGACGUAUCCGAACUUGAGCAUCAUCCCUGGGAGCGUCAGCGACAUCGUUCUGGACAGCGAUGUCGACCCGGCCAGUGGGAAGCCGAGGAGCAAGAUCACCGGGGUGAGACUCGAGUCAGGGGAAGUACUCCCGACAAGCCAGAUCAUCAUCACGACAGGCACCUUUCUAAGCGGCGAGAUACACAUUGGACUUGAGAAAUACCCGGCUGGAAGAAUAGGCGAGCAAGCGACGUUUGGCUUGAGCAAAUCACUCAGGGACGCCGGCUUCCAGCUUGGAAGGCUAAAGACUGGAACACCACCACGGUUGGCUAAGAAGAGCAUCAACUACGAUAUUCUCGAGGAGCAAAGGGGAGACGACCCGCCGAACCCAUUCAGCUUCUUGAACGAUACCGUCUCGGUACAAGACCAGCUGCUCUGCUGGGCGACAUACACAAACGAUGCCACCCAUGACGUGGUGCGCGCAAACCUCGACAAGACGAUACAUAUCCGCGAGAGCGUCCGAGGGCCCCGGUACUGCCCUUCGCUCGAGUCCAAAAUCAUCAAGUUCCCAGAAAAGCCCCGGCAUAUAGUAUGGCUCGAGCCCGAAGGCUUUGACAGCGAUCUCAUAUAUCCCAACGGCCUGUCCAUGACCGUCCCCGCCGAGGCACAGGAGCAGCUGCUGCGCACCAUCCCCGGCCUCGAGAACGUUGAGAUGGUGCAGGUGGGCUAUGGGGUGGAAUACGACUACGUGGAUCCGCGAAGCCUGAAGUCUACUCUCGAGACGAAAGCCAUCUCGGGCCUCUAUCUCGCCGGUCAAAUCAACGGCACCACGGGCUACGAAGAAGCAGCUGGUCAAGGUGUCAUCGCUGGUAUCAACGCGGGUCGCGCUGCGCAGGGCAAGCCCCCCGUUUCCAUGACACGCGCUGACGGCUACAUUGGUGUCAUGAUUGACGACCUCAUCACAAAGGGUGUCUCGGAGCCCUACCGCAUGUUCACAAGCCGAUCAGAGUACCGCAUGUCCCAUCGUGCCGACAACGCAGAUCUGCGCCUCACCGAGAAGGGCCGUGAGUGGGGUGUCGUGGGAGACGAGCGCUGGUCACACUUCACCGAUACCCGAGCGCAGAUGGACGAGCUGACCGAGCGCCUCCAAUCAUACACGCUGACAGCGCCCAACUGGAUCGCCGCCGGUUUCAAGGCGAGAUCCGACACCAAGCACCGCUCUGCGCUCGAGAUCUUGCGCCUGGCGGGCGUCAAGCUCUCCGAUCUGCGUGACCGUAUCCCGGAGGUUGAUGGCUACUCCGCGAUCAUCCAGUCCCGCGUCGGCAUCGAAGCCGUCUACGCGCCUUAUGUCGCCAUGCAACGGACCGAGCAGGCCCUCUUCGCCAAGGACGAGUCGCUACGGCUGCCCACCGAUCUCGACUAUGACAGCAUCAUCGGGUUGUCGUUCCACGAGAAGGCCGUACUGAGUGCAACUCGUCCGGAGAAUCUGGGUCAGGCGAGGAGAAUCGAGGGGGUGACGCCGGCCGGCUGUGUGAGACUGCUCGGCUUCGUCACCAGGAGUCUAGCGACCUUCCUUGAAAGGAGGCACAGACUUGAUGGUACUGUGACACAUGUAUGGAGCAAGAGUUGUAAAGAUUACGGUGUCUUCGGCACGUGCAUUGAUAAAUGGAAGCGUUCUGGGUUUGGAUGA